AUCGUUCCGGAAAAAUUGGGUGCAAUGUCAAGGCCGUUUCCAAGAUAGCCCGCUGUAACUCCACCGUUUAUCGUCAAAGCAACGGUAAAAAUUGCCACGGACAUCGUAGGAUCGCGACCAAGGGUUCACCGGCCGGUCAAGACGAAUAAGAGGAUGUGGAAGGACGAAAGAAAGGAAGGAGAAAGAAAAAAAAGAAAAGGAAUUAGGGGGAGAGAAGAACCACGAGAGGGCCUACCUUCUUUCUUGUAGCUGUUGGCGAAUGUUAAGAUGAAAAAAGAAAAAAGAAAAGAAAGAAAUGAAGGAUCCCGAUGUUUUCCUGGUCCAAACUGGUUUGGCUGCGAUAUAUCCUUAUGCGAGACGAAUCGGAGAGCUGCGACGAAGUCACGUUAUUACCAUUGUAGUCUCGCAGUUCACACAGUUAGAAGAAAAUAGAAAAGGCACGGAAUUAAUUUUAGACAUUAGUGAUGAACACAAGGCUCAAUAUUUAAAUCAAGAUUUUUAUUCAAAUGCAUAUAAUUACGGUUAUGAGGUGAAUCCUAACGGACAAUUUCAUCACGAAGUGCAUGGACCAGACGACAUUACAUAUGGAUGUUACGGCUAUGUAGAUCCUUUUGGAAAAUUAAAAACAACAUUUUACAUAAGUGAUGGAUGGGGAUAUAGAGUAGUCCACCCAGGACAAAAUGUCGAACUAUUUUUUCACGAACAUGAACGUCAUGAGAAUAGUCAAUCUCAUGAGCAUGAUAAUGACGAUCAUCAUGAUCAUCACGGCAUUCUAAGAGCUUGGGACAAGUUACAUUUUCCAUCCAUAUGUGCACAAUUUGAAGGAACGAAUACUAAUCCUACUGUGAUACCACCAUCAAAACCAGAAACACUUGGGGCCCCAGGAAUUCCUGGAAUACCUAAAUAUCCUGCCACUCCUGGUACACCAGAAACACCACCUCGGUCUGGAUACCUCAGAAAAUCAGAAACUCCUACGAUUCCAGGAAGAUCAGAAUCUUCAACGUCGUCAAGAACUCCUAAUCUUCCAGGAAGACCAGGCACACCGAGAACACAGGAAACACCAUCGUAUACUGAAUACUUUGAAAAGCCCGGCACACCAGAAAUUCCUAGGCCCUCGAACAUUCCAGGAAAACCAAAAACUCCUGACAUUCCAGAUACACCAUCACAUCCUGAAUUCCCUAGGAAACCUGCAAGAGUAAGGAUGUCUAGUACUCCAAGCACACCAGAAAAGCAAUAUUAUCCGGAAUAUCCUAGCACAUCUGGAACAUCUGUUACUCCAGGAAAAGCAUUCCAACCUUCACACCCUGACAUAUCCAUUACUCCUGUCAUUCCAGAAAAACCAUCCCAUCCUAUGCAAUCAGAUACUCCUAGUAUUUUAAGUAGACCAAAAACUCCUGAAACUUUUGUUACUCCAGGCACAUCAGGAACACCGUAUUAUCCGAGCUAUCAUGAAAGAUCAAGAACUUCUGACAUUCCAGGCAUAAUAAGAACACCAUUGCGUCUUACGUACCCUGAUACAUCAAUAACUUUUGGUACACCAGAUAAACAAGACACUCUUGGUCCAAAUUCAUUCGGAAUACAAUUCAGAAAUCCUGGCACACCAGAGACUCCUGGAAGUCCGGGAACACCAGAAACGCCAGGAACACUACCGCAACCUAUAUACCUGAACACAACAAGAACUUCAAAUAAUCCGGAUGACAAAGACAGUCCUUCAUCACCUUCAACCUCUACCGCAUCAGAAGUUUCGAAUAUUUUAGGCGUAGUAGAUAAUUCUGGAGUAGAAGAAUUACCAGCUUCUCAGCAAUUAGACGCACCAGGAACAUCAUCGCAACUUGUAUCCUCAGGAAUAAUGCUUCAUCCUACCGUACCAUUGAGUUCUGCGUAUUUGGAUGCAGGAGUGGUUUUUAAUACUCAAGACUUUUCAGAUCUAUCAUCACCUUCUUCACACUCUAACAUGACUGACAAUAUUAUAUUAACAUCAGCAAGCUCACAAUUACCAUCUUCUGAAAUUCUUAGCAUUGCUGCAGCAACAACAGGAAUUUCUGACAGUUCAAAAAAACCAAAGACAUUUAAACAGAUAGGCACUUCUGCAAACCCAAGCACUUCUGCAUACCCAAGCACUUCCGCAUACCCAAGCACUUCCGCAUACCCAAGCACUUCUACACAUCCAAGCACUUCUACACAAGCAGAUAUUUCUGAACACUCUAGAAAACGUACGUGGUCACAGGUAGUUGCAUCUCCUGAAGAAUCAUCCUAUUCUAAAAUUCCUAAACAAUGCAAUAAAAGUACUCAAACAGUCAAAAAACGAAAGAGACCAAACGUAAAAAAAACACGUAAAAGACCCAAUAAUCAAUCUAAAAUAGUAUCGCAUAAUAGAACCCACUCGCAGUCUACAUAUUCUGGUAUACAAUGGACUUCUGGUAUUAUGGCAGUACAUGGCAUGCCAUCGACUUCUGCGACUUCUAGUGGUUAUAGUAAGCAAGACAUUAGAACUUCGAGUACUUCAGGUGCAUCAGACAGUCCCACAGAUCAAUCAUCAUCGUAUUCUUUAACCCCAGAUACACAACCAAACUCACAAUCAGCAUCAUCUUCUAAAAUUCUUGCCAUUGUCAAGAGAAAACGAGAAAUUCUCAAUAUUCCUAGAUUUCCUCGCAGAAUAAGAAGACGAUUCUAUACUAACAUCUAUGAGAGACCAGAAAUACCACUCAGCCCUGAACAGGAAAAUAUUCCAGAACAACAUAGCACAUCAGAAAUAACACACUCUGGCAAACCAUUAACUCCAAACAUUACAAAACCACUAGCAAGAACAUCAUCUCUUGCACAUUCGAGCACACAAGAAAUAUCAUCAUUAUCUGGCACAGCGGGGCCUUCUAGUGUUCCAACUGGAUUACAAAUUAGUAAAUUACCCAAAAACCGUAGUAGAGGAGCUUCUAAUUCUGCGAGACUCCAUCGUCCUAUAUCUAUUACCGUUUAUGAAAUAGGUAAAGAUGAUCUUAAACAUACUCAUCCAUCAGAAACAAUACAAAAUACUUCCCUUUCUUCAUCUACAACAGAUCCUCCUGCACAGUUUGCCAUACAAAGUACUUCUCGUACCUCACGUAAAUUAGACUUCUCUAAAUACGUUGGCACAUCAAAAGAAAUAUCAUAUGAUGAACAUUCUCGCAUACCAUCGCAUUGCAUUCGUGAUAUUGCAAAUACUCAAGAGAGACUACCAUCUUCUGCACAGUCGGGUGCAUCAGACACACUUUUUCCACCUGGACACUCUGGCACACAAUCGACUCCUGUUAUUGAAGAAAUCCCAGAACAACCAACAUCUCUUGCGCAUUUGGGUACAAGAAUAACGCCAGGGCAUCCUGUAAACCCUGGCACAUCAGGUAUACAACCGCAUUUUCAAGCCUCUGGAACACCAGGGACUUCUAGUUUUCCAAGCAGUCCUACAGAUCCUAGACAAUUGGACAUACCAAAGAUUAUUGUUACUCCAAGUACUCCACGUAGUCUAUAUUUUAAACCUUCUGCCACAUCAAGAACACAAACAUAUUGUAAGGAUUUUAGAAUCGCAGGGAAUGAAGGAUCACGUCGUCCUAUGCAGAUUGCCUUACAAAAAAUAUAUAGUAACUUAGGUAGAAAAGCCAUUCUUAGACAUACUAACACAUCAGAAACAUCAGUAAAAGCGUCAGAUACUUCUUCUUCAGAUAAAGCAGGCUCUUCUGAAUACAUUGGCAUAUUAAAAGUGGCUGAAAUACCACCGUCUUGCAUUCAUGAUAUAGCAAAAAUCCCAGAGGGACUAUCAUCUUCUGCACAAUCGGGUGCAUCAGAAACACUUAUCCAGCCUAACAUACCAUCGACUUCUAUUAUAACAGAAACUACAACAAUAACGUCAUCUCCUGCAUAUUUUGCUGGACCAAAAACAACAUCGCCUCUUGAAUACCUUGGAAUAACGUCGACCCCUGAUAUUGUAAAAACACCAGCAAGAACAUCACCUCUAGCACAUUCGGGUUCACCACCUUUAGCAGAUUCGAGUUCACCACUUUUAGCACAUUCGGACUCACCACCUUUAGCACAUUCGGAUUCACCACCUUUAGCACAUUUGGAUUCACCACCUUUAGCACAUUUGGAUUCACCACCUUUAGCACAUUCGGAUUCACCACAUUUAGCACAUUCGGGUUCAUCAACUUUAGCACAUUUGGGUUCACCAACUGUAGAACAUUCAGAUCUAGCACCUCCAGCACAUUCGGAUUCACCACCUUUAGCACAUUCGGGUUCGCCACCUUUAACACAUUCAGAUCCACCACCUCCAGCACAUUCAGGUUCACCAACUGUAGAACAUUCGGAUUCACCAAAUUUAGCACAUUCGGAUCCAGCACAUUCGGAUCCACCACCUCCAGCACAUUCGGAUCCACCACCUCCAGCACAUUCGGACUCACCACCUUUAGCACAUUCGGACUCACCACCUCCAGCACAUUCGGACUCACCACCUUUAGCACAUUCGGACUCACCACCUCCAGCACAUUCGGAUUCACCAUGUUCAGAACAUUCGGAUUCACCAUGUUCAGAACAUUCGGAUUCACCACCUUUAGCACAUUCGAAUUCACCACCUUUAUCACAUUUCGGUUCACAACCUCCGGCACAUUUGAAUUCAACAUCUGUAACACAUUUUGGUUCACACCUUCUAGCACAUUUAGGUUCACCACCUCCAGCACAUUUGGGUUCACCACCUCCAGCGCAUUUGAAUAUAUCACAAACACCAUCGCAUCCUAGAUAUCUUGGCAUAUCUGCUAGUGUAAAAACAAUAGUAAGAACACCAUCUUCAACAGAUUUGAGUACACCAAGAACAUCAUCACACCCUGAAUACCCCGGCAUAUCAUCGACUCCUGGUAUUGUAGAAUCACCGACAAGAAGACAACCUCCAACAUAUUUGGCUUCACCACCUUCAACACAUUUAGGUUCACCACAUCUAACACAUUUGGGUUCAGCACCUUCAACACAUUUGGGUUCACCACCUCCAGCACAUUUGUUUUCAAUAUCUCCAAUACAUUUGGUUUCACUAUCUCCUACAGAUUUGGAUUCAUCAUCUACAGCACAUUUGAGUACACCAACAACACCAUCGCAUCCUGAAUACCUUGGCAUAUCGUCGACUCCUGCUAUUGUAGAAAUACCGACAAGAACACAACCUCCAACACAUUUGGGUUCACCACCUCCAACACAUUUGGAUUCAGUACCUCUUACACAUUUAGAUUCACCACCUAAAACAUAUUUGGAUUCACAACCUACAACACAUUUGGAUUCACAACCUUCAUUACAUUUGGGUUCACAACCUUCAUUACAUUUGGGUUUAGCACCUCCAGCACAUUUGGAUUCACAACCUCCAACACAUUUGGGUUCAAAAUCUGCAACACAUGUGGGUUCACAAGCUCCAACAGAAUUGGGUUCACAACCUCCACCAUUUUUGUUUUCACAACCUCUAACACAUUUGGGUUUAGCACCUCCAGCACAUUUAGAUUCACAACCUCCAACACAUUUGGGUUCACAAUCUUCAACACAUAUGGAUUCACAACCUCCAACAUAUUUAUUUUCACUACCUCCAGUACAUUUGGUUUCACUACCUCCAGUACAUUUGGAUUCACUACCUCUUACACAUUUGGGUUCACAACCUACAACACAUUUGGAUUCACAACCUUCAUUACAUUUGGGUUCACAACCUACAACACAUUUGGAUUCACAACCUUCAUUACAUUUGGGUUCACAACCUCCAACACAUUUGGGUUUAACACCUCCAGCACAUUUGUUUUCACUCCCUUCAAUACAUUUAGUUUCACUACCUCCAGUACAUUUGGAUUCGUUAUCUCCAGCAUAUUUGAGUACAUCAAGAACCCCAUCGCAUACUGAAUACCUUGGCAUAUCGUCGAAUCCUGCUAUUAUAGAAUCACCGACAAGAACACAACCUCCAACACAUUUGGGUUCAGCACCUCCAGCACAUUUGGUUUCACUACCUCCAAUACAUUUGGUUUCACUACCUCCAGUACAUUUGGAUCCGCCAUCUCCAGCAUAUUUGAGUACAACGAGAACGCCAUCGCAUCCUGAAUACCUUGGCAUAUCGUCGACUCCUGGUAUUGUAGAAAUACCGACAAGAACACAACCUCCAACACAUUUGUGUUCACCAUCUCUGGCACAUUUGGGUUCUCUACCUCCAGCACAUUUGGGUUCACUACCUCCAUCACAUUUGGGUUCACUACCUCCAGCAAAUUUGGGUCCACUACCUUCAGCACAUUUGGAUACAUUAGGAACACCAUCGCCUCGUGUAAACUCUGACAUAUCAAGAAAAGAACCGCAGUCUCCAUACCCUGGCACAUCUGAAACUUACAAAUUUCCAGAUAGUCCAAGACCGCCUAGUCAAUAUAUUAUACCAGGUACUUCUGAUACUUUAGAUACAUCUGGGCACCAGAAUGACACAUCAGAAACGCAACCGUAUCCUGUAUAUUCUGAGACCCCAGAAACUUAUAAUACUUCAAGUAGACAGGACAUUCCUGGGAAUCAUGGUACAUCAGAAACACAUCCUGAAUAUCAUGAUACAUCUGAUAUUCCAAGUAGACAAGAUACUUCUGAAUACGAUGAUAAUUCUGAUACCUCAAGAAUACUAACGUAUUCUAGAUAUCCUGUCAUACCUAGGCCUACUAUCUCUCCUGAUAGACAAAGACCUCUUGAACGUGACAGAACAAGAACUUCUUUAAGUAGAGUAGACAAUUCUGGAUAUCGUAGAAAAUCAGGAGGAAAACAACAUGCCGAAUAUUCUGACACGUCAGAGAGAUCUAACAGACCGAAUAUACCAUCCUAUCCGCCUUAUCCACUACAUCUAAGUUAUAAUGGAUCUCUUAGAUACCCGUCAGCUUAUCCUAGGAUUUUGGGAACAAACGGAAGACCCGGUUUAUUUGGAAAGCCAAAUUACCCAAUUCAUGUUAGAUAUCCAUCUUAUUUCAAUGGCCCCGAGGGUCCUGUUGGACCAAAAGGACCUAUUGAUGAUAUAGGCGAUAUUGGAGACGUCGGUGGUGAUGGUGAAGCAGGCCCGGAUGGUCCAUGGCCAACCGGAUCUCCAGGACCUGAUGGACCAUGGCCUGGUGAUCCAGAUUAUUACUCAAGUGUAAUACAUUCCGCGAAAUCACGUUCUCGUGGUCCUGUGAAAAUUUUACGGCUCAAAUCUUAUACACCGAUAAAUAUUAGUUCAUCGAUAAAAACAGAUUUUCCAGGACAAAUUAAUUUAAAAUCACUUAUAAAAUCGAAUAUUGCUAGUGCAAUAAAUAAUGAUAAAUUAUCAGAGGUUUCAUAUCCUAUCAAAGUAAGCAAAAUCGUUGAUUUGGAUCAUAGUAAAAUUAAAACGCAAGAAUAUGAACAAAUUGAUGAAGGAAAUGUUAACCAUAAUGCGAAAGAAAUUAAUUCAUUAAUGCAUGAUACAUUGAAAACAUCAGAUCAUUUAAAGGAUACAUUCUCGAAAAAUCUAGAAAAAGAUGAAAUUACUGAUAAAAACAUUAAGACAUACGGAUUGAAAAUUGAACGUAAGCAAAAUAAUCAAUACGAGGUAAUAGAGGACAUUAAGCGUGCAGAAGAACCGAAAGAAGACUUAGAAGAAUUCCCUGUUCAUCGUCAAAAACAAUACCGAAAAGAAUAUAAAUUUUCUGCCAAUCAUACUUUUGCAUCCCAAGAUAUUAUCAAAGAUGCACUAGAACAACCUUAUGAAAUAAACCAUCAAGGAAGCCGCCUUAUAGUGCAUACGAAGUUCGAUAGAAAUGAAGAAAACAAAAGACGAGAAAAUAUUGAUUCCCCCGAAAACGAAACUAUUGCUAUCAUGGAACAGGUAAAUAUAUCGUCGGAAGGUGAACAAAGAGAUCAUAGAAUAAACGCAACAGGAGUUCAACCACCACAUCUGGUCAAUAUUAAGUCCUUUUCAUUACCCUUAGGACCGAAUCCUCAAGCUUGUCCUUGUUACUUAGUUGAAUCGCACAAGGAAAACGAUAUUACUAGGAGCACAACAUCCACUCCUCCUCUCAUUGGUCAGCUUGGAUUCAUUCCUGUCAUUUUUAUACCGUAUUGUCCCGGCAACAAGGCAGAUAGUCAUAAAAUGAAACUUAUGUAUCCCUCCGCAACACCUAUUCCGUAUCCAUGCAAUGCAUGUACCACGUCAGGUGAAAAUAUAGAAACAAAACUUCUUGGCUUACAAUUGGAUCAACUUGGCAAUAUUGAAAAUUUAAAGGGCGUCUUGAGUGUGGCCAAUCUUGGAUUUUUGAAUGUUCCAAUCAGAAACGUUGUUGAGAAGAGAAAAAUCAGAAAUAGGAAAGUAGUAUAAUGAAUCUAGUUAACUUAUUCAUAUUAAUAUACAAAAGAUAUUAUUUUUUUCUCGGGGAAGAGAAGUAUUCGCUCUUAUAAGAAUUAAAUAUGAAAUAUUGGAAGUAUCCCUCUGCCAGCUGCAGGUCAGCUAAUAGAUGGUCGUCGAUUCGAUGAUAUUAAAACUUAAACAUUACUUAUUGUGCAUAAUACUUUAGAAUGCAUGUCGACUGACCGACCCAUGUACAUAUUGCAUCUAAACGACUUUAUUAAACGAUUAUGAUUAUUCGUGUAUGAAACAUCACGCAUGAGAAUAUAAGUCGUUUAUAGAUUAAUAUUUUUAUUAUACCGACGAUAUUUUUUAAUUACUCUUCAUCUUGAAUAUUGCGACGAACCCAUUUAAUGAAUACUAAGCUUAAGUAAAUAUUAUUCCUUUACGUAUUAUUUUGUCAGAUCUUCAAGGAAAAUGCAAAAACAAAGUUAUUCCACAUACACAAUUUUAGUGCGCUUGAUUAUUUCCUUAGACGCAUUUAUAAAUAUUGUGCAAUACCAAUAUUGAUAAAUGAACAUUAAUCAUUAUGCAUAUAUACGUG